AUGGUACAAACAAGAACCAGUUUAGAUUUGUCGAAAUUAAGUAUUCAUCAAGUAAUAUCGAAUCAAACAGCAGAAGAUAAAGUGACUCCAUCAAGUAUGUUAAAUCAAAAUAAUAAUAUGGAGAAUUCAAAUAAUACAAGUACAUCAUGCCAGUCAAUUAAAACAGACUCCUCAACAAUCAAAAUUAAUUCUUCAUCGUUCACUCCUACCGAUGCAAUAGAAACGAAAAUGAUCGCAUCUUCAGAAUUUGAUAAUCAAAUAUUAAGAACUAUUGCGACUUCAUCACAAGCCCAACCAACAAACCACUCAAUUAAUAGCAAUGAAGAUAAAGAAUUAGCCAGAAUUCCUUAUUACAAUGGAAAAACGAACAUAUAUGCUUGGUUGACGGCUAUUAAAAGUGUAUUUAUCGAUUUGAAAUACGAUGAAAGUACUUGGGCAAAUAAAGCUAAAUAUUAUCUAUUAGAUCAUGCUGCUCAGUUUGUAUAUGUUAAUGACGAUCAAAUGAUCAAAUGGAAAGAUUUUCAAAGAUUAAUGAUCGAUCAAUAUUCAUCAAUUACAACCUCACAAGACUCUAUGAAUUCACCUGCUAAUACAUUAAUUGAUUCUUGUAUAAAACAUCAACCAUAUACAACUUAUUCGUCAGACACGUUGGCUAUGAAAGCCCAUCAUGCCUUAGUACUGGAAGAUUUAAAAACAUUACCAAGAUUUUCGGGUGAAGAAUCACAAUCGAUCAAUUCAUGGUUAGAAGAAAUCGAACUUGUAUAUGAUAAAGCGUUUAUUACAGAUAAUGAUAAAUGUUACCGCACACUGAAAUUGUUAUCCAAUAUUGAUGACAAAUGGUUGGAAUUUAUUCGUCGUCAAAAAUUAGAUUGGAACGAAUUCAAACGAAAAUUAAUUAGUCGAUUCGAAGGAAAGAAGGACCCAUCACGUAUUGAAUUGGAAGAUGCUAUUAGAAAUCGACGCUAUCAUGAUAAUGAACCUAUGCAUCAAUAUUAUUCUGAUGUCAUGAGACAAUGUGAUUUAUUGGAGGAAGAAUAUCCAGUUUCAGAUCGUCAUCGUAUUGAUUAUAUAAUCCGGGGUCUACCUGAUAGUAUUCAAGAUCAAUUAUUAAUUAGAGAAUAUUCAACACCAAAAGAAUUAUUAGAAGUAUUGCAAAAAAUUGAAGAACGCCGUAAACGGACAAAUUUCGAACAACAUGUUACUAGUAUAGAUGAGAAUGCUUCAUUACCAAUAGCAAGGGCAACACCAAUAUCACAAACAACAUUUUUACCAACAAACAAUUUUCAAUCAAAUAUACCUUUUUUUCAACAAUCUGAUCAAUACCGUAAUAAUACUUAUCAUAAUAAUCAGUUACAACAGUAUCAUCCACCUUCACGCUCAUCAUCAAAUUAUAACCAACAACAUACUCGACAACACCGACCGAUCCAAUGUUAUAAUUGUGGCAAGCUUGGACACAAAGCCACAACUUGCUUUAAACCAAAACAACAUUUAAACUAA